AUGGCUGUGUUCUUUAACUCCAGUGAGUCUGAAGUCAGCUUUGAAGUUGGUGUUUAUGAGGAAAUCCCCAAACCUGAAAGCAAGGACACCACUGCUGCCAAGGCUCCACAGCCAAAGUUCAACUAUUUCAGAUUGGUUGUGGUGAGCUUCGGCCUGCUUUGUGUUCUUCAAGUAAUUCUCAACAUCACUCUGAGACUUACUAUGAGUCAGUCUCCUGAGACAGGUGCGACAGUAGGGGAGAGCUGCCCACAGGACUGGCUCAUGUUUGAGUCCAGUUGUUACUACAUUUCCCCGCAGAGGAAGAACUGGGACGACAGCCGGCAUUACUGUAGACAGAAUGAUGCUGAUCUGGUCAUCAUCAACAGCACACAGGAACAGGCUUUUCUCACUGGGUUCAGCAUGGCAGUGUGGAUUGGGAUGACUGACCGAGCCAAGGAAGGAACUUGGAUCUGGGUGAAUGGAAAACCAGUGGACAAAAACGGGUUGCAGUUUGCCCCUGGCCAGCCUGAUGAUGCGUAUGGAGGAGAAGACUGUGGUGAUAUCCGUACAAUGAAGGAUUUCAUUGGUUUGAAUGAUUCCAACUGUACUGUCAGAGCCCAGUGGAUCUGUGAGAAACCAUUGUUGGAUUCUGACAUUUUGCACCUUGUAUAUUUCUGCUUUCCACCUCACAGCCUCGCUGUGCACACAGACAGUAAUUUGCACCUAGCUCCGGCCCUUCGUUUGGAACCCAGUGCAUCGUUCUCCAUCGCCAACGGUACCACAGGAACCAAUUUCACAUUUGGACCUACAGCUGGUGCUGCGGUGACAGCUUUCCGAUUGGCUCAGAUCGAGACUCAGGCACAAAUUGCUCUCCAGCAGCUUGCCACGCUAGCAACCAUAACUGUUAACAAUCAGCAUCCCAGCAACAACGGGUUGACAGCAGCGUUACUCCCUCACCUGGCCGUCCUGAGUCUUCUCAAUAGACAGCGGGUGUCAGCUGUUGGGUUUAACGGAAACACAAACACCAAAACCUACAGAACCACACAACCAUAUCUGUCUGCUGCCAUGUACCACCACCAUUCUCAACAGGGGGCACAGCCCUUCUCUAAUGGGCCCAGGCCUCCUCAUCAUCAGCCACCUCCAAAUCAGCACCAGAAUCGCCCUUCUUCUGAUAUGCUCUCACAGACUAUGGGUUUCCAGUUUCCUCGUCCCACCCAGCUCCCUGAUGAGCUAGAGUCUGCUCUGGCUAUCCGGGGUGCAAGGGACAUGGAUCACCGUCUCAUUGACCACAUGAACCGACCGAACCAACACCAGAACCAAGGCUCAGGUUCUGGGAUCAGUCAACAAGGAACCUACGGCUCUAACCCAGUAUCACUUACAUCUGAUUCUCAGGCUGGCCACCAGCAAGGAGUAGACUGGUCAAACUACCAACCUCCAACUAAACUUUUUGCCAGUCCUCCACCAAGUGCAAGCAGCCAGGCCCAGCGACACCAGGGGCCUCAACAGCAGCCCCAGAGCAGCCAUGCUGGAACCAGCAUGCCAGGCUGGGCUGCCCCUCCAAGCGAAUCACCAUCGUCCCAAGCCCGGCACGCCCAUGGUGCUGGUGGGGAUGGUCAGGGUUUGUACACACCAGAGAGUGCAGGAAGUAUCUUGGCUAGCUUUGGACUUUCAAAUGAGGACCUAGAAGUGCUGAGUCACUACCCUGAUGAUCAGCUAACCCCAGAUACUUUGCCAUUCAUCCUCCGUGACAUCCAAAUCAACAAGUCAGGCAACCAGAAACCUGUGGCUUCCUCAUCCUCGUUCUCACGCAGCAUUCAUGAUAUGCUGAUGCCUCCUUCCCGUUCUUCUCCAUUGGCACGUUCACGCUCCCCGGAAGUGCCCAGCCUCCUUACUGUUACACAGACAGCAGGAAAAGUCAUUGACUAUGGUCAUGCCAGUCGGUCAAAGGAGGAAGAUACUACGAGAGAGACGUUCAAAAGAGAGCCACUCUCUAGUGAAAGGACAGUUAAAAUGUACCCGUCCUCGUCCUCGUCAGCUCCAAAAGCAGAGAAAGUUGAAAGGCGACAGGUUCGUUUGGAGCACACAGAAUCAAGCAAGCACGGAGACAGAGACUACCGCAGGACGAGCAGCGACCAUCGCAAGACCAAUCGCUCACCUGCGAGAGAAUUUCCACAGUCAUCGAAAUCUCGUAAUCUAGACAGAGACUACAGGCGUGAUGGACUCAAACCAAGGCCCUCAUCUGAAACCAGGAGUGAGGCUUCCUCGAGACGGUCUCUCUCCUCUUCGUCUGGCACAAAACCACACACUAGUGGCAAGAAGUUACCUACUCCCACCAUGAUAAGUGAUUUCUCAGCCGUGUCUCCAAAGGUGUAUCCCCAUACCUGCUCCCUGUGCCACACACAGUGUGAUGAGGAAAAGGAUUGGGUUGACCAUAUUAAUACCGUCAACCACACUGCUGCCUGCAGAGACCUGCGCAACAAGUACCCUGACUGGAAACCAAAUCUACCAAGUCGGACCAGUCCCAGUCCCAGUCGCUAUGGCAGCCGGCCCAGGGACCGCCCUCUGUCCCGUUCCAUCUCUCCAUCACUCUCUUGUUCUCCCACCCCGAGUCCUCCUCAAAGCAAACACAGGGUGGGCGCCCAAGCCCACAGGCCGCACCGGAGACCUUACUCUCCUCACCAUUACCCUCGCCACCACCACUAUACAGAGCACAGCCAUCGGUUGGAGCACCAACAUACUGGCUCCCACAGCCCGUCUCGCUCACAUCGAACCUCUGCUUCCUUCAGAGAGCCUCGACCUGAUAGAAGAGUCAGGGAAUCAUCAGAGGAUUACACACGCAGCGGUGUGAAGCGUCCACAUGAUGAAAUAACGAAACGUUUCACUGACACCAGCCGACAGCCCCCCUCCUCCAAGGCGGGUUAUAGCUCCAAACAUGGACCGCUGCAGUCCUCAGCCAAAACUCUCAAGGGUGGGAUGAAACCUGGAACCAAGAUGACAAAGCCGGCUAGUGGCAAAGCUGCUGACACAACUGCCAAACCUCCACCAGCCAAGAAGAAGAAGAAGAUGAUGAUUCCAGCCUCCCAGGGUUCAUUUGCGUCACAACGCCUGGUUUAUCUGAGCGGCAUCCCAAAGGACGCCUCAGAGCAGGAAGUUACCGACUUAGUGGGUUCCUUUGGAAAGAUCAACAACGUGGUCCUCAUGCCGUGCUCAGAAGAAGAGAGCCUGAAAGGCGAAGGACAGAAGGCAUCUGUGUGCAUGGUAAAAGGUGAAGAUGCUCAAACUCUGGCUAACUCCACAAACCUGUCCAUCAGAGACCAGCCAAUCACUGCGUCAAUAGCACAGAAACGUGAAGCAGAGCAGUCCGCUGACACUAACAGCAAACCUGCUCCAGGACCAGACAAAGCUGCUGCUGCUGCUGCUGCUUCUGCUUCUGCUGUUGCUGUUGCUGCUGUUGAAGAGACAGGAGGUAACGCUGACCACAAGACAUCAGAUGAGAAGGGCGUGGUGUUGAUCACAGGACUGCCUGAGAGUGGCUCGUCAGAGAGUGACAUCAUCAAGCUCUUCCAGCCCUUCGGAACUCCCUCUGACAUCAUCCUGUCAGCACCAAUCGGGAAGGUGCUUGUGUCGGUGCCAGAUGUGGAGACUGCUGAGGAGAUAGUGAAAGUUCACGCCUCCGCCCCUGCUAAGAUGAAUGAGUCUGAGCUGAAGAUGAUCCACCUCAAACAGCACGUUGGCACUGACACACCAGUGGCACUCUACAAUCUUCUGAUGGGAUCAGCUGACUCAUUAGAGAGUCCGGCUCCUGUAGGCUGGGGCCGGCUGUUAGUGAUCCGGAAUGUUCCCAACACGCCGUCCGGCCCCUCGGAGGUUCUGAAACUGGUUCGACGUUUCGGUGUCGUCAUCAACUCCCUGGUGCUCAGUAACAUGGUGAUCUGUGAGAUAGCCACAUCAGCCAUGGCUCUGUCUGUCCACAAGCGCUUCCAGAAGUUUCCAUGCAUCAUCCAGAACAACCCUCUCUUCUUCUCCCGCAAACGAGACCCCCCCGCAGCCAACACCCAGACCAAAGUCCUCACAGCGUCCCUCCACUCACUUGAGGAAACGGCUGCUAACGGUAAAGACGGCCAAACGGCAGCGACGGCUGCAGAGGAAGAGGAGACGGCACAGAAAGAGAAAUCCGAGUGUCAAAAAGAGGGGGAUGAGAAAGGCGAGAAGACAAUGGAGUGUGGAGACGAAGCCGCCGGAGAAAACGGGAGCAAAGACGACAAGGCGGUAAUAGACGAGCCUGCGGAUGUCGUUCCCAUCUCCUCGGCUGCACCUGAAGCAGACACGGAGACAGAUGUGAAGGAAACAUCUGCUGAAAUUGUUACACUGACGGCUGGAAGUACAGCUGCAGCAGGAAAUGACAAAACUCCAGCUGCUGAAGAAGCUUCAACAGAGGCAAAGUUACCCAGGGUUACUCAGGAGAUGGUUAACGCACUGCUGGUGGAGUGCAGAACAAGAACCGCCGCCCAUCCCGAAAAAACGGCCGAUUCCACCGAGGAAACUAAAACAGUGGCAGAGGAGGGGGGCGAAAAAACAGCGGAGGAGACGCAAAAGCCUGCUAAAGAGCACUUGGAGGAGGAGGAGGAGGUGAAGAAGCAGGAGAGGGAGAGAAAAGAGAGGGAGGCGAGAAAAGAGAGGGAGAGGAAGGAGAGGGAGAGGAGGGCCUUGGAGAAAGAGGAGAGGGCAAAGAGGGAGAGAGAGAGGGAGGAGAGAGCCAGGAGGGAGAGGGAAAAGAGAGAGGAGGAGAAGAGGGAGUGGGAGAGGAGGGAGAGGGAGAGGAGGGAGAGGAAGAGGACACACGGGGAAGCGUCCAGGUCGUCUCACAGGUCGGACACACACAAGCAGAGCUGGAGAGAGGAGCAGCGUCACAGAGAGGUGGAGGAAGAGGAGGAGUGCGACGACUUCCCCUUCAACCUGAGCGACUUCGUGACGGUGGAUGAAGUCGGAGACGUGGCCGACCUCCCUAACUCGCCUCUUCCUGCCGUUCCCAUGGGAACCACAGAGGGAGGAGAGGAUGCUCCCACACCUGUCCAACAGGAAACUGCAACGGACACAAGCAUGGAGGUUAGUGGAGAAAGUACCACAGAGACCCUGGUGAAGUUUGAGGAGCAGAUAACAGAGAGUGAACCCGCCCCCUCCCCCUCCCCCGCCCCCCCAGCCGACGCUCCUAACGGUCUGACGUCAUCACAUAUGACAGCCGGUGCAGUCCUCGCCCUCGCAGCAUCACCUCCACCCUCACCUGCUCCCUCCACCCACACACACCUGCCAACAUGUCCACCACAAGCCCCACAGCCAGAAACUACACCCGCUGCGGUCACGGACUCCACCCCUGAGGUCAAACCUCUCCCCUCUCCUGCAGCAUCAGACAGUCCUCUUGAAGCUGCAGCUGACCCGGCCGACUCUUCAUCAACCAGUCCUGCAGCAGGAGCAGUGACUGCAGAGAAAGAGGCUGAAGCAGAGGAGCAGAGCUGUCCUAAUCACAACCAGGCCAAGCAGCAGCAGCAGGUGGAGGAAGAGGUGGAGGAGGAGGUGGAGGAGGUGUCAGACAAAACUAAAGAACAGGAGAAGACGCAGAGUGAAAAGAAGGAAGAGACCAGAGCUCCAGCUGCUGAGACGGAAAAGAACCACAAGUGUGAGAACCACAGCAACACUGAAGAGGAGAGUGUGAAGACCACAUCAAAUACAGAACCUGACUUCACACUCCCUCCUUUUAACCCCAGCAACCCAGUUGGUAUGGAGUUCUUGGUCCCAAAGACUGGUUUCUUCUGUAAGGUUUGUAAUCGCUUCUUCAGCGGAUCCACCGAGGCUGAAAUCAACCACUGCAAGAGCCUAAAACACUACGACAACCUUCAGAAAUACCUGCAGACAAAGAAAGUGGUGAACGUGUCGACCAAACCAAACUCCAGCUGAAUGUGGCUGUAAAUCUCAUGCAUUUCAUUUUUUUUUUUUUUUUUGGCCAUUCCCCUUCCUUUUUUAUUGUCCUCUCAUUUCUCUCUAAGGGUCCAGAUUCUUCAAUCACUAUAGAUUAUUCUCAUGUCCUUGUCUCUGUUUUGAAUAUGUGGUAUGAACUUUUUUCAUGUACAAAGAAGAGAAACAAACAGUAACUGUACUGUGCAGAGACAAUAAAAUGCUUUUAUUAAA